AGUAUAUAUUAUAUAUAUAUUCUAAUCGGUUAAACAUGCGAACUGAGCGAACUGAGCAUUGAUGUGGUAUCUUCUUGUUCAGGCUGGAGGAAAUCUCCACAUCUGCAUGCUUCAUUUCUAUGUACUGUAUAUUUGUCCAUCACAUAUAGGGGCACUGAGGGAUGGUUGUGGAGGAUAUGAAAUGGUCUGGUCGCGUGACAUAAUAGAACUAAAAAUAAUCGAUGCAGAUUUUCCAAUCUAUUGCAGUCCGCGUUCUGGACAUAUACAUCUAUGAAAAAAAGAGAGAUGUCAUGUAAUCGUGAAAAACAAGUCGGAGAUUAGAACAGCUGGCUAAACAGUGUUUCAGCAUAACUAAGAGGCGACUGCAUGCAGUAUAUUUAAUAGCCCAGGUGCAUGUUGCAUAAUUCGUAAAUAAUUCAUAAAGGGCAUGGAAUUUUUUUUUUUUUUUUUGGGUUAGAUUGUGCAUGGAAAGCAUUUUUGUUCAUGUUAAUCUUCACAGAGCUCUUAGUGAGGAAGACUCACUUGUGUUUUUUUUUUUUCUUUUUUGUGUGUUCUGUCAGUACUCCAGGAGAAAAACACACUGCUCAGCCUGGGGGUUUCUGCAUAACGGGAGAAAUACUCUAAGUCUGUGAUACCAACCAACUCCGUUUGUACCAUGAACAGCACUGCAUGGCCUUUGGACCUGGCAGAUUUUGCUAGGAGCCAGGCCUUCAACAGCACUCUUGGACAGACUCCCGUCAGCGGCUGGGCCUUGAUCCACACGGCUACUCUGGCCUCCUGCUCUCUUCUCCUCGUUCUUAUCUUCUGCCUGGGCUCGUAUGGCAACUUGGUGGUGUUCCUCUUCUUCUUUGACCCAGCAUUCCGCAAGUUCCGUACCAACAUUGACUUUAUGAUACUGAACCUGUCUUUCUGCGACCUGUUCAUCUGCUGUGUUACUGCACCCAUGUUUGCGCUCAUCCUUUUCCUGGACGUCGGGGACAGUGGAGGUGGUGUAUCAAAGGGCUUUUGCUUUGCCUUUCAUCUCACUAGCUCAGGUUUCAUCAUCAUGUCAUUGGAAACAGUGGCAGUCAUUGCCUUGCAUCGGUUGCGCAUGGUACUGGGCCAGCAACCAAACCAUGCUGCCUCCUUCCCAUGCACUUUGACCCUCACUGCCCUGCUGUGGACUUCUAGCUUCACGCUGGCAGCCUUGGUCACCUUAAGAGCCUACCCCAGGAGCGCUGGUCCCUGCCUGCCUCACUUUGGUCUCACGGGGAAUCGGGCAAAGGUGGUGUUGUAUGUGUACCUUGCAGAUUUCGCUUUUUGUGUGGGUGUAGUGUCCAUGUCAUACCUUAUGAUUGCACAGGCAUUGCGAAAGAAUGCCCUGGUGCGGAAGUGCUCUGUUAUCAUGGUGGGUGCCACACGUCCCCCAGCCGCUCCUCCAGCCUUCAUUGCUGCCGGAUUUGAGGGUAUACAGUGUGCUGUCCAGGUGCCUUCACUCUAUCGUAACCAGACCUAUAACAAGCUUCAGCAUGUUCAGACACACCCAUUCACAAAGAGUAGUAGUCAGGCCCUAGUGCCCAGGGCUGCCACACAUGCUACCUGCUGCCAGUUGGUUUCCAACCUGUCCACAACCAAGGAUUCCAAGGCUGUCGUGACGUGUGUGGUCAUAGUUAUAUCUGUGCUUCUGUGCUGCCUGCCCAUGGGUGUGGCUUUGGCACAGGAUGUUUUGUCUCCAGAGAACAGCUUCGUUCACUACCAGUUUGAGCUGUGUGGAUUUGCUCUUAUCUUUCUCAAGUCGGGCAUAAACCCAUUUGUUUACUCCAGGAACAGUGCUGGCCUGCGACGCCGUGUGCUCUGCUUCCUCCAGUGGCUGGCAUUCGGCUCCUUCUGCUGCAAGCACAAGACCCGUUUGCAUGCCAUGGGCAAGGGAAACCUGGAGGUAAACCGCAAUAAGUCCUCACACCAUGAAACCAAUUCAGCCUACAUGCUCUCGCCAAAGCCGCAGAGGAGGCUGGUGGACCAGGCAUGCGGGCCUAGCCACUCUCGGGACAGCAUGCCCAGUAUGCGUGCCACAACUGGAUGCAAAUCCCAUCCCCCUAGCAGCUCCACACCCAUCAACACCCGCAUAGAGCCCUACUAUAGCAUCUACAAUAGCAGUCCCUCACAUGGACCCAGUUCGCCCAAUAGCCUGAAACCAGUGAACUCUCAGACCACAGGCUUUGCAAAGAGCUUCAUGGCCAUGCAUUAUCACAUCCACCAGGAGGCACUGCAGGACUUUGACAGUACCUCAGCCCAUCAGAUACCCACACCCUCAGUAUGAAUGCUGUACUACUGCUAAGCAUUUUGGGAGCAAUAGAAUGGCUGUUUGUGCUUACAUGUACAUCGUUCGUUUGUGUUUUUUUCAGUGCUGGACUUUGAGAGGCUGUGCACAUUUGAUGCUAAUUCAGACUAUCCACAACGUGUUAUUGCUGUUCCUUGACUUAAGGACAUUCUAUUUUUACACUAACCUCAAGCGUUUGAUAAGGUGAUGAAAGUGUCAUAAGUUGUUAUACAUUUAAUGUUGUAUUAAAUGUUUUGCAAGUGUAUUUUUUUUUUUCCUAAAGUGACUUCAUUUUGAAGAACUAAAUAUUUUCCAAGCAAGGGAGAGAUGGAGCACAUUGUAGGUUCAUUGUCUGGGGACAACAGUCAAUCCUCAUCAGUAUUAGACUUGUUACAUCCAGACAAAAAAAAAAAAAAAAAAUCAAUUACAGAAUUAAACAUUUAGCAGCUUCGUUAUGAAAGUAAAAUUAUAUUUUGUGUCAGCUUUACGCUUAAUUUGUAUUAGAGAACUACACUCAAAAUGUUUCGUUUCAAAUAUAUGUAUAAGCCAGUUUGUCCGGAUCGCCUAGACGAAAAUACAACAUAACAUUCAAAACAUGCUAAUUCGCUAUUACAGCCACGCAAAAUGUUCAUUUUAAAUGAAUGCCUGUUUUACACAGUUUUCUUCAGAGUAUAAAAUUGAUACCCCUACAUUUUUCUUUUAUAGCACGUCAUGCUGGACAAUUUUAACUGAUUGAGAUGGGUGACACAUUAAAGGAAAAGCCUAAGAAGGUGCUAGGCCAUUACAAGCCAGUCUAGAACUGUACUAGAGGGAUGAGCACCAUUCUUCCAAAGGAUAAUCUCUCGAUUGGUGAAAUCACUCAAAAUCUCCCCUAGGUGUUCAACUGCAUUGAGAUCAGGUGACUAUGACUGUGUUUUCUCAACCGGGGGGUAUUUAAAUGCAUCCAAACAUAUUCAAAUAGAUCAUACGCACAUCCAAUGUAAGAUGUUUUAAAAUGAACCAAUUUGGUUAUUCACAUAUCACACUAGCUGAGCUGACGAUCGUUCAUCGAUGGAUUUAUUUGAAAUUUAUUUACAAAUGAAAAGAUCAUUUGCAAAAACCUAUGACUUUAUGAGUGGUAGACAAGUUCAAGUGUCGCAUUGACAGGUAAAAAAAUAAACAAAACAGUCUCAAACUAAAUGUCACACCAACAAUAAAAAAUGUGAAAAAAUAAAUCAAUCCCGAAAUCUUUUGAUUCAAUUUUAAACGUCCAAUGUUAAUAUUAUUAAUGUUAAAUAUUAAUAAAAUAAAGUAACAUAUAUAGAAAUGACUGUUAAAUAUAUAGCCUAUGAUUGUUGUGGAGUAGGGGGUCCUUGUGGAUUGUUCGAAAUAUGCUAGGGGUAAAGAGCUCACAAAAGGUUGAGAACCACUGGUGAAGACCAUAGCAUAUAAUAUAAAUAAUUUAUCAUCAAACCAUUCAGUGAUCAUAGUUUGCUGUGGACAGGAUCAUCCUAGAAGAAACCGAUCACAUCAUGACAGAAAUAUUUUGUCAUAUGAUCAAGGUGAUCAGAAGAACUCUGAUUUGCAGUGAAUGCAUCUAAGAGGAUGCAUGGAACCUAACCAUACCAGCGAAAUACCCCCACAGACUCACCAGUUAAGCAUUUAAUCUGCCUGCCUUAGUCAUUUUUAAUCCGUUUUGCAUUUAUGACCUCACAUCAGACAUAAUAUGACCGAGAGAUCUGCUGUCCUUCAACAUUUUUACAAUCUUUACCUGCUAGAAAACGAACAGUAAAGCCCUGAUUGAAGUAAAGUCUGAAAUAGGUAGGGCUCAUGCAGCAACAUAGCCUAGAUCAUAAUAGUGGUCAACUUAAAGCCAUUAAACAUCUUUUCCAGCAAGGACCACAGGGCUGUUUCAUUAAAACCGAGGAAACGAUUUUGUUUCCAAGUUAUAAAAUUGGUAAGCUCAAGUGAGCAUUGUGUACUCGUAUUUAACAUCAAGAUUGAAAUUGCAAUCCUAUGCAAAUGAAGUAGAGCCAAAAGAUAUUCAUCGUUUGCUCGUUUUCUUACUAAAUUGGGCUAUGGGAUUCCAUCUAAAUGAUGAAUAUCGCAGUUUUAAAACCCCAUGCAAACAUCCCUGAAUUAGGCACAUUUCACAAACUAGAUUCAUUUAGGUGUGUAUAGCAGUCCAUAUAGGAUUUCAGCGUUUAUUUUUUUAAGUGACUGUUGCAGCCAAAAAAAUUCCACGAACAUUUUUUCUGUUUUUUUUGUGGAAAACUACUUGAAGUUGCAAUUGCACAGAAUUGUUUUGCAUGAUCUUUCACCGUGAUGUUUGUUGGUAAAUGAGAACUUUUAGCUGUACUCGUUCGGCACAUGUGAAUCGAAGGCGGGGUUUGGCUGAAUCCACGUCGCAAUGACAUCGCAUGGUGCUUUGUGAUGAUUUCACAUGAUGUGUCUUGGCCCAAUUCUUCAGAAAAUCUGCGGUAAUUUUGAAAAUCGUGGAGUUUCCUUGAUUUUGCGUUCAUCUCUGCAAUCGCAAAAUCCUGGAGGGACUGG